AUCUUCAAGGGUAGGUGGGGGAUAGCCCACCACUCAACCACUGCAGUUGAGACUCCACUUUUCGCACCAGCGGACGUAACAUUAAAUCGAAGCAAACCGAAGAAACCGCCAAACACUCGAUAAUGCCGCAUUCCAAGAUGCUGCUGUGGGCGGUGGUUGGGCUCCUCCACCUGCUGACCUUUAGCGCAGUAUCCACCGCCGAGGAUCAGUUGAAAAGCAACACGAUUGUGGUGCAAACUCCGCUCCAGAACUAUGAUCAGCCCACUCUGCGGGACUACGAGGAAUGUCAGGCGAACAGGGACAAUUGUGUAUCUGUUUGCGAUGGCAAUCAGUCCUGCGAGGAUGAGUGUCCUGUGUGCCCGCAACUGUACGACAAGCCGCUGAUGGUUCAGGGCAUCAAUGAUACGGAUGUGGUGGCACCACCACAAGUACCGCUUAAUACCACCAACAUUAUUCGGCUGACCAACGAGAUCAACAAUAUCAUCGAGCACCAAAUCCAGAAUCGAAACGAGGUCAAUGUCCAGGUGGAGCAGAAUGUGUCCCAGGUGGGAGGACGCUUCGGAUUGGGCUACAGUGACCAUGGUUCCUGUUGCCAUGUGGUGGUCUUGGAUCGAGAGUGUGAGCACGAGGGUGGCCACAGUUGCAGGGAGAAGAGCCGCCAACGGGUUUGUGGCGAAAGGUGUCAGGCCAGAGUGAUGUUGGCCAAAAGAGUGGUCCAAUGCGAUGCCGAAGAUGGCGACAAAUGCCACGAGACCAUCGAAUAUGUGCCCCGGCGGAGGAGAUCCCACUCGAAGAAGUCCAGCCAAAGAGCGCCGUGUCACUACUUUGGCAACAAUUGGCCCUACUUCUCUUGUGGCCAGAACCAGGGUCAAAAUGUGGAUGUCGUUCAGCCGCCGAGAGUGAAACGCUCCACCUGCCAGCAGUGCCUCAAUAUGCCCUAUGGAUAUAUCCUGCAAAGUGGCCUGCCCGCCCAGUGUGCAGGUUGUUUCCAGGGAUUCGGAGCGCCCCUGAUGCCUAUGUACAAUGCUCCCUACAUGUACAAUCCCUAUGUGCCAUAUCCAUCCUUUGGCAACUUCCCUAAUAAUGGAAAUAAGAAUGGAAAUAACAAAGGAUAUGAGAAUGAAGACAACAUCAUUGCUGGCUCGGGAAACGAUGGCUGGAUUUUAUGUGACGAUGAUAACGUUGAGAAUUGCCUAGACAACAAGACUAUUGAGGAUUCGCAACAGGCACCUGCUGCCCAUCAGGAACAGCAAUCUGAGGAUGGCCAGGAUUCGGAGGAAUACGAAUAUGGAGUCCAGCGAAGAAGACGUCGGCGACAAAACCGCCGAACCUUUGUGCGCUCUGCUUACAGUAAACGCAAUCGAGGAAAUUAAUUCUACAAGCCAUUUGUAAUAAAAAGCUCUUGAGAUUUUUAACGAAAAUUUUUGACUCUAUAUCUAAUAGUAUUUUUGACAAAACAAAACCUAGAAUAAACUCGCCAUUUGUGUAUAAAGAUUUUCUAAUAAAGUUUUACAACCUUGUUCUUAAAUGUUCUUAGA